UCCAGUCAAAAGAUCUCUGGAUGAAGUGAUUUAUUAGCAAUGUCUUAUUAUUUUUUCCUGUCCAACCAGACAGACCCAACCAGGUCAGAAUCCAAAGCUUUCCUCUUUACCGCCACGAAAGAUUAAGAAAACCAGACAGUGUUCGCAUUUGAGAAACUUAAACCAGAAUGUUUAUGCCAUUUGAGCAAAGAGUCUUAAAUGAUUAUAGAAAUCAAAACUGUUGCAAAUCAUUCAUCACAUAUAACACACUAACCAGAAAAUCAUAAAAAGAAAAGAAUAUCGUGGCUUGUCACUAAUUUGCAGCUUUGCCAUCUUUGCUGUUUCUGCUCUCGGCGUGAGCUGGAGGCAGCCAAAGGUGCUUUCGAUGAACACUGGGGAUAUUUCAGGCAUUAGUGAAGUAAAGCUGUAUCUGCAGGGUGUAACUUACAACAGCAUUAGGUAAUAACUCUUGUGUGGGAGUGGGUUAAUUGAUCCCUGUGAGAUUUGAACCCAUAAUGUAGGCGUGCUCCGGUAGAGGGAAGCUCUUCCAGGAUUUGUGUGUGCAGACAUAAUACGUGUCGGCGUUGGUGUAUUCGUCAGAUAUCGACAUGGUGAAUGAUGAGCUCACUUGCAGGGUCUCACGAGCUCAGCAAUAUUGAAACCAGGAGGGAGAGAACAACGAUGAGUCUCUGAACAAAGACUCGGGAUUCUGCAAUGACACUUCGAGGUCACAUAUAAAAGAGCGUAUCUUAUUUCACAUGUGAGAGAGCUGCUUUUGGACUGCUGUCAACAGUUCCUAGAAGUUCUGGAGUGAUGUCCCUGUCGUAUUUUCCACGCACUCUGCUACGACAUGCCGUGUGUUCAGUCGCUUUCAGACAUUAACAAUCCACCUCCGCACAAAUACACACACUUUACCCAAGUUGUCAUAACAAACAAGGUGCAGAUGACACGACAGGAAGUGUGUGUGGGGGGGUUUCGGACAGAGAUGAGGAAUCCGACAGGUCUGCCUGUCGAUGGAAAACAGCCACAGGCACGCGGGGUGCAUUUGUGCAUACAUGUCGGGUAUGUUUGUACGACUGGUACUCAGUAAUUCACGUAUCCUUCCUGACAAGUUUCACAUAGUUAACAGGCCUGUCACAUGACAGCAUUUUAUUAUGCAUUUGUGGAUUUAAGCAUAUUUUGCAUGUAUGACUUUGCUGCAGGCGCAGACACCAGGCAGGUCGGGCUGGAUUGACUCUUCUGCUUCAGUUUGAUGCUCCUGUGUGCUGAGUGCGCAUCAGUUCAUCUGAGUUUUUACAGCAACUUUGGUCUUGUUUGAUUGAAAAACAACAGAGGGCAUCACAGUAUGUCACCGUGCUGCGGUUCUUAACAGAACAGAAGAGUGGGACUUGUCCCAGUAUUUCAAAUUUAUUUAGGCUUUUAGUUCAGAUUCGGUGCUUGAGGGCUGAGAAAACUGAGGUGCUAAGUGAUGACCUCCUUCAGAUCGAGAGGAGGAUGGAGCUGGUGCGUUUGGUGUCGCACAACACACACAAGAGGCUGGUGUCCUGUCUGCAGGGGCAACUGGGCACAGACACCGAGAAGAGACAUAAAAAGCUGCCCCUGACGGCGCUGUCGCAGGCCAUGCAGGAGGGCGGCAGUCAGCUGGGAGAAGAGAGUCUGAUUGGAAAGAUGAUGGAUGUGUGUGGGGAUGCAGAGAGCAGCUUAGCGAUGGAACUGAUGCAGUAUGAAGUCCAGAUUGAGAGAGACAUCCUGGAACCUCUCAACCAGCUGGCAGAGGCAGAUAUUCCUAAUAUACUAAAACAGAGAAAACAACUUGCCAAACUGGUUCUGGACUUUGACUCGGCCAAGACAAGGUGGUACCAGGCAACCAAAUCCAACAACCAGGCUAUGGCAGCUAAGGCCGAUUCGCUCAAAGAUGAAAUGGACGAGGCUCUCAACAAAGUAGAAAUAUGCAAGGAUCAACUCUCUGCAGACAUGUACAACUUUGCUUCCAAAGAGGGAGAUUAUGCACGCUAUUAUGUCAUGUUAUUAGAGGCCCAGGCUGACUACCACAGGAGGUCUUUGGCAGCUCUGGAGGCAGCUAUACCAACUAUCCAAAUACAGCAAGACUCCUGGAUGGAGAAGCCGGCAUUUGGCACAGCUCUGGAGGAGCACCUGAAGAGGAGUAACCGCGAUAUCGCUCUGCCCAUCGAGGCCUGCGUCAUGAUGUUGUUGGAGACCGGCAUGAAAGAAGAGGGUCUCUUCAGAAUAGCAGCUGGAGCUUCAAAACUGAAGAAGCUAAAAGCAGCUUUGGACUGCUCCACCUCACAACUCGAUGAGUUCUACUCUGAUCCCCACGCUGUCGCUGGAGCCCUGAAGUCCUACCUCAGGGAACUUCCUGAACCUCUAAUGACAUUUGGCCUGUACGAUGAGUGGCUACAGGCCUCCAAUGUGUCUGACCCUGACAAGAGGCUUCAGGCUUUGUGGGUGACAUGUGAUCGUUUGCCAAAGACUCACAAGGUGAACUUCAGGUAUCUGGUGAAGUUUCUGGCUAGACUGGCCCAGGAGAGUGACGUUAAUAAGAUGACUCCCAGCAACAUUGCCAUAGUCCUGGGGCCCAACCUGCUCUGGGCAAAGACUGAGGGGACGUUGGCAGAGAUGGCAGCAGCUACAUCUGUCCAUGUGGUUGCCAUCAUUGAGCCCAUUAUUCAGCACGCUGAUUGGUUCUUCCCAGAAGAGGUGGACUUCAAUGUGUCAGGCAUGUUCGCCAUGCCCACCCACCCAGCUACCCCAGAGCCUGAACCUGGCCUGGACAGGAAACGACCCGGCAGCCUGGUGGGGCAGGACGGGGACAGUCACACCCCCCGUAAAGACAGCACUGUUAACAAACAGCCGGAGCCCGCUCCACGUAGAGCCACCAUUGUAAAUAGAAAGCAGCAACAUCUAACCUCACCCACCUUCCAACCCCCACUGCCCCCUCUGGAAGCUGGGGUUACUGGCCAGCCGGAGCCCCAGCCCCAGCCCCAGCCCCAGGUCCCAUCCCCGGCUCCAGAGGCUGAGCAGCCUGGCCUGAGUGGUGGUGGUGGUGGUGUUGGAGGUGGUCUGGGUGGUGGGGUCCAGGUAUCCUCAUUGAAACCUCAGAUUGUAACCCAGCUCAGCGCAGAGGAGAGCAGCCCAGCCCGUGAGGUCAUGUCCACCCCUCCUCCCCAGAGGAAUGGUGCGCUCCAUCUUACAGUAGGGACCCCCCACUCUCAGGGUGGAUCCAGGGGGCCUAGUCCACACAUGGUUCGCAGAGGUACCAAGAAGCAGGCCCCAGCCCCACCCAAACAGGCCAGCCUCUUUACCUCCCAGCCCAUUAACACCCAGACACCCGGCUCCCCUCAUCACCCACCCAUCACUCCCCGACGCAACACCAGCAAAGACAGCCUCAUCCACGCCCCGAGCCACCCGCCGCCACAGCCUCCUCAAGUCCACCAGGCCCAUGGGGAGUCAGAGCCCUCCCCUCCUAGCACUCCCACACCUCCUGACACUCCUCCUCAUGAUGGAUCGCUCUCCAACCCGCUGUCAUCCUACCAAUCCGGGUCUCUUCCUCGACCCUCAAGGCCGGCCCCCAGACCACGGCCCAGACCCAGCAUGCCGCCGCCCCCACAGCCUGUAGCUAAUGACAAUGGUAAUGGCAUCUGCAGCUCCGCCUCCAAGAUCAUAACAGAUGAAGGCCUGCUCCUAAAGAGGAAUGGACGAGCCCUCAUCCCUGAGGUGAUUGAGGACCAACAAGGGGAGAGCUCUGCUGGUCAAGAGCCUGCCGCCACCACAGCCCUGCCCCUACACCCUGAGAUCCAAACAGAGAGCACCCUUCUGUGAAAAAAGAGAGGGAUCAUCGGG